UGUUUUUUUUUUAAAUAAUUGUCUUAUUUUGGAUUCGAUUAUUAAAACAACCAUGGGAUGAAGAACGGGAAUUUUUUAACUAACAUGAUGCCCAUUUUAGCUAAUAUAUCAUACUUAAAUUGAGAUCAGCCUCCAAUUAUAAACGUUUUUCGUUAAUAUAUCUUUUGUAAUAAAAAAAAUAAAUUGAGAUCAGCCAUAUUAUAUAAGCUGAACGUGGCCUCUUAACAUACCACAUACCCUUAGCUUUGUUGGAAAUACUGUACUAUAUAGUCCAAUAUAUAUAUAUAAUAUAUAAAUCCAUUUGCAUAAAUAAAUAUAUUGUUCAAAAUAUAAACGUUGAAGCAAUAUAAUGGCACCUACUCAUAAGCCGGUGCAGGAUAUAAUACAGAGUGGUGUUGUGCCAAAAUGCUACAUACAACACGAGGAUGACUACCAAGCUGCUAGUAGCAAUGGCCCUCCACCUUUGAUGGAUGCUCCGACGAUCGAUUUCUCUCUCCUCUCUUCAUCGUCUUACCCUCACGACGAGCUUGCAAACCUUCGCUCUGCUCUUAGUUCUUGGGGUUGUGUUCAGCUAGUGAAUCAUGGUAUGCCACCUUCAUUGCUAGACGAGGUACGAGAAAUGAGCAAGCAAUUCUUCAAACUGCCUCUUGAAGAAAAGGAAAAGUACUCUUCCAAAGGAGAUGACUUAUUGGAAGGUUAUGGAAACACGAAUGCUGUUCAACGUGGAAGUCUCAAUUGGAAUGAUAAGCUUCAUCUCCAAGUCUAUCCCGAGGACAAGCGCCAACUUCAAUUUUGGCCUGAAAACCCCCAACAAUUUAGGACAAUCUUGCAUGAAUAUUCAAAAAGGAACCGGAUGAUACUAGAGAUGCUCUUAAAAGCCAUGGCACGUUCCUUGAAUUUGGAAGAAAACAGUUUUCUUCAAUUCCGGAGAGAUGAAAAUGAAGAUAUGGCAUUUGCGAGAUUCAACUUCUACCCUAAAUGCCCGUUGUCGGAUCAAGUUGUUGGACUUAAACCUCAUGGAGAUGGAACAUACAUUACCAUGCUCUUGCUAGACAAUGAGGUUGAAGGCCUUCAAGUCAACAAAGACAAUACUUGGUUUCGUGUUCCUAUAAUUCCUCAAGCCCUCACCAUUCUUGUUGGUGAUCAAAUGGAGAUAACAAGUAAUGGUAUUUUCAAAAGUCCGACCCACAAGGCAGUGGUAAACCCACAAUAUGAUCGGAUCUCCUUAGCCAUGCUCUUCAAGCCAAGUAGGGACAAAGAAAUUGGGCCACUAGAUAAACUAAUUGAUGAAGAGAGGCUUCAAUUAUAUAAGAGGCUUAAGGAUUAUAGCCAAUUUUACAGUCAAUGCAUUCCUCCAUUAGGUGAAAGGCCUAUCAGUAAAGUCAAGAUUAAUAAUCACUAAAAUUUUCUAGAUGAGUUGUGUGCUUGUAUUUUGGGCUUUUACCAAAAGUAGACAGUAGAUUUUUAGUGGAUCCAAAUACAUUGUAAUGGGGCAAUGGGCCUAAUGAAUACUAGUCAAUUUAUCAAUUUCACCCACCAUCACGGCCCACCCCCUUAUAUGUCUUGGGUAUUUUUUCUUUUUCUUUUUUUUUUUUUUUUUUUUUUUUUUUUUUUUUUUUGUGAAGUGUAAUUUUGAAGUGAUGUAGUGUGGAGAAGGGAAAAGUUAAAAUUCUCUAUUUGAUAUGCUUUUCCAAAGAAUUGCAACAUACAUA